AUGCUUUUACCCUCUAAACAAGGGCGAGUCCCCGCGUUGGGCGUGAGGCACCUUCAGGCACUGCUGCUAUGCAUCGCACACGUGCUGGUCUUCUGCUUGCGGACCGACAUGUCGGUGGCGGUGGUUGUCAUGGCCAACAACACCGCUGGCAACCCUGACAUCAAGGGUGGUAUACCUUUUGCAAGGGGCUACAGUCUCCAGCAGGCUUUGGCAGAUUUACAGAAGAGUAAUAAUGAUAAUGAAUCAAUUUUUGGAAAUGAGGAAGACAGUGGUGUUGAUGGAGAUAUGAUAGAGGAAGAUGUACAAGUCGGAGAGGAAGUAGAUAUGAGUGAUUGUGAAGAAGAUGAUAAUGGUAUUCAGAUACAGAGUGCAUCUACUUUUGUGUCUAGAUGUGGACAGAUAACAUAUAACACAGCACCACCUGAUAUGCGCAAGCAGAUUUCAAGGAAUGACUACAGCUGGAGCCAAUCUGAGACGAGCACCAUCCUGAGUUCAUUCUUCUGGGGCUAUGUGGUGAUGCUGGCGCCAGCCGGGUGGGUGGCGGACAGGUUCGAUGCGAAGAACUUGUUGUCGGCCUCGCUCAUCCUCUCCGGUAUCCUCACCAUGCUCACAGAGGUGGCUGCAGACACUGGCGGUGUGGUGCUCGUCUGCGAUCAACUUGGCACAGUAGCAGCACUGGUAAUAUCAGGAGCAUUAGCUCAGAGCGCCGUUGGGUGGCCAUCUAUCUUCUACCUCUUCGGUGGACUUUCCAUUCUUUGGGGAGUGAUCUUAUUCUGGCUUGGAGGGAAUACCCCAUCUGGACACAAGCAUAUUUCCAGAGCAGAACUUACUUAUAUUGAAGAAUCUCGGAAGGAUGUCUCACGUGAAAGAAAGAAGUUUCCAACGCCGUGGGUAUCAAUUUUCACAUCACUGCCCGUAUUUGCUCUCGCAGUAGCCACCAUGACGGAGUGCUGGGGAUUCUACACGCUGUUGACAGAGACACCAACGUAUUUGAGUAAUGUUCUUGGAUUUGACAUUGCAUCUAACGGGCUACUUUCUGCACUGCCGUACGUCGUUAACUGUGUCCUGAGUCUUUCCUUCAGCUGGAUUGUCAACAGCGCACAGAAGAAGUUAAUAUUCAGCAAGGGGGCCUUAAGGAAGGUGGCCAAUUCCAUUGCUUCCUGGCUCCCAGCUGCGACUUUAGUAGCCCUCAGCUUCAUCCCAGUAGAGGACCCAACGGCAGCUGUGAUCUUGCUGACUGUCGCCAUCGGUUUUAAUGGUAUGACCAUCAUGGGCUACCAGAUGAACCAUAUCGACAUCGCACCGAACUUCUCUGGCCUGAUGAUUGGUAUCUGUGGCAGUAUAGGGACACUGACGUCCAUCGCUGCACCACUUUAUGUGGGGGCUGUAGUCAAGGAGAACACCAUUCAAGAGUGGAGAAUUGUGUUCCUCACGGCAGCUGGAGUCUUCUUCGUGGGCAAUCUGAUUUUCGUUAUUUUCGCUGAUGGGGAAGUUCAACCUUGGAACGCCCCUAACUAUUCGAGAGGAAAGAACAAAGGAGUCCCCCUGUUGGGCGUGAGGCACCUUCAGGCACUGCUGUUAUGCAUCGCACACGUGCUGGUCUUCAGCUUGCGUACCAACAUGUCGGUGGCGGUGGUUGUCAUGGCCAACAACACCGCUGGCAACCCUAACAUCAAGGCGAAAACAUUGUCACUGGAGCUGGAAAGUGAAAUGAAAGUAUCAAAUAUGGAUACAACAGGAAUAAGUUAA